AUGAUUCCUAAGCACUUUUUGAAGCCGGGAGGUCCCGUGGCUGAAUUGGAGGGCUCUGGUGUGGGGACUAAAUUCACUGAUGUGAGGUCUGAGAGUUCUGAGGCUCUUGAUGCGUUGCCGGAUGAUGACAGAUGGCGGUGGUUGCGGAGCGACACGAUGGCAAAACGUAAAGCAAACCCAAACGCAAUGCAAGCCCGAAACGACAGUCGAAACAGAAAAGAGCGAUACAAACACACAUACUAA